UAUGGUACUGUGACUGCAAGUCUGUUUAACCUACCCCAUCCUAACCAGUGCUUCAGUGGCCUGUGGCAGGCUGACUUUUUGCUCAAUAAAACGCAUACCUCUGUUCCCCAAUAUGGGCAAAAGUAGUGGUUUAUACUGUCUCGGACAGGCAUUCCCAUCUGACGUUUCCCUAGCAUUCUAAGGAUGUUUUCCAAGUUAGCCUUCUAGAUAUCUGGCCAGUGUCUGCUGUCUUUCAGGGAAGCCAAAUGUCUUAAACAUCAUCUUUCAUGUAAACCUGGGAGUGAAGUAUGCAUUCUCAGCUAUAGGUUAACAGAUAGAAGCUGCAAGUCUUGUUUUGCCGAGUUAAGCUGCUAUUUAGGUCAUAAAAGAACUUAAGUCCUCAAACGUUAAGCAAAUAUGCUCUUUAAGGCUUUAAGUAUAAUACUGCUUGUUCUUCACAAUUAGCUUCCAGAAUGAAGUUUGAUUAGUCAAUAAAUGUAGUUGCCAGCCAGACGCUUCAAGAGAAUGCGUAACAACUACCAGGAAGAAGUAACUUGUAGCGAUUUUGAGUUUAACUCUGAAUAAGGAAGAAGGUGUGUUACUGAGAGAGAAUAACGGUAAGGUUGGUUAGACAAUAGCUGAAGGGGUCUGCUUUUUUUCCCCACUCCUAAGCAUUUUGUAAGUAGUUGAAGCAGACUGUCUACAAGAACUAAUAAGAGGAAAAAAUGCAUAGUACAUUGCUGCUUUGGCUGUUCAGAGUUGUCUUACUCCAAGCAAAGCAGAGACAAACUCUUAUCUCCUACAGUGGUUUUAAUAGUCAUGAUCAGGUAUUGUACAAGAAGGCACUGAGCCAGAAUCCUGCUUGGUUUUCAUUGCCUUUGCCAAGAGGGUGGGAAACCUCUAAAACUCUUAUUUUAAUGUAGACUUUGGUUGGUUGGGAGAAGGAACGAUGUUCUAAAACUGUUGUCUUCCUCAGGCAGGUGAUCUGCAGCCAUGAGCAGCAAUGAAUGCUUCAAGUGUGGACGUACUGGCCACUGGGCUCGGGAGUGCCCUACUGGAAUUGGCCGUGGUCGUGGGAUGAGAAGCCGUGGCAGAGCAGGCUUCCAGUUCAUGUCUUCAUCUCUCCCGGACAUCUGUUACCGCUGUGGUGAGUCUGGCCAUCUUGCCAAGGACUGUGAUCUUCAGGAGGAUGAAGCCUGCUAUAACUGCGGUAGAGGUGGCCAUAUUGCGAAGGACUGCAAGGAGCCGAAGAGGGAGAGAGAGCAGUGCUGCUACAACUGUGGCAAACCUGGCCAUCUGGCUCGUGACUGUGACCACGCAGAUGAGCAGAAGUGCUAUUCUUGUGGAGAGUUUGGACACAUUCAAAAAGACUGCACCAAAGUGAAAUGCUAUAGGUGUGGUGAAACUGGCCAUGUAGCCAUCAACUGCAGCAAGACCAGUGAAGUCAACUGCUAUCGCUGCGGCGAGUCAGGGCACCUUGCACGGGAAUGCACAAUUGAAGCUACAGCCUAAUUAUUUUCCUUUGUCGCCCCUCCUUUUUCUGAUUGAUGGUUGUAUUAUUUUUCUCUGAAUCCUCUUCACUGGCCAAAGGUUGGCAGAUAGAGGCUACUCCCAGGCCAGUGAGCUUUACUUGCCGUGUAAAAGGAGGAAAGGGGUGGAAAAAAUCAACUUUCUGCAUUUAACUACAAAAAUGUUUAUGUUUAGUUUGGUAGAGGUGUUAUGUAUAAUGCUUUGUUAAAGAACCCCCUUUCCGUGCCACUGGUGAAUAGGGAUUGAUGAGUGGGAAGAGUUGAGUCAGACCAGCAAAGCCCUCUCUGGGUUACAUGGAAGUGAUCCUAUGCAGGAGGAAAGAAAUUCUGGAAGUGUCUAAACUUCCUCAUAACUUUAAUUUUAUUACAAUGGCCUUGGAUUGUCUGACCUCAGUAGCUGUUAACACCAAGUAAUAUCUGUAUCAGGCCCUACCUAGAGCAUAUAGCUGAGUGGGAGUAAACAAAAAAGAUGCACAUGCCUGUUAAUGGCCAUGAGAGAGAGAGAGAGAAAUCGGAAAUAAACUUAAAAGUAACAGUAAUUCAGUCAGUGAAUGUUCAUGUUGGAGAUACAGAACGUAAUGGGAAGCUUUUGAAUAAAUAUUUCAAAGUAAAUCUGAAACCCAGACAUCAGUGCUCAUAGCGCAUACAAUUUGGAGCUAUUCAGGAGUUUCAAAUAAAUGCAUUUUCACAGAAAUCAAGAUGUUAUUUUUGUAUACUAUAUCACUUAGACAACUGAGUUUCAUUUGCUUGUAAUCAGUUUUUAAAGUAAGAUGGUAAAAGCAAUUGAAGUCCUAGAACAUAGAAAAUGUAAUUUUAAACUAUCAAUAAAGCUGGAGGAGGAAGGGGAGUUUGGCUAAAGUUCUUCUGUUUAUUUUUGGUUUUCAUGUACACAGUGCAAAAUAACAUAUUAAAAAGGGGUAUGUGGAGGUGUAAAAAGUUUAGUUUUGACUUUUCUUUUGUACUGUCUUAUGUUAAGUUUUCAUCUGGUAGCAUCAUACUGCAAAGGUGUGAAGUACACAGUCCUCCCAGACUCUGUAUCUGCAUAAGUUCAUGUGAAUGGAUUGUGUGGUCUCAGAGUGGGCUUGUUUCAUCUAUGCUGAUGCAGUUAAAGCAUUUCUUUAAAAAGCUUUGAAGGCACAAAAGCUGUUGAAGGUACAGCGAGUUCCAAAUCUGGAGUAGUGUGAUGGUCUGCUAGCACUCCUUCAGCCUUCGCAAGUGCCAUGGCACUAGCAACUCCCAUUUCCAACACUAGUGUUACAGGCCUUCCCCAGUCUAUGUGUUCUACUUUGAUUGACCAAGGGUUAGUAAACAGUUACACAGAUGAAAAGUGAGCUGAUGCGGAGUGUGCAAAGUCUUGAUGUGGAAGAAAACCAAGGGCAGGCGCUCUUGACUGCUCUGUGCAUCCCCAUAAGGGCAGUUUCAGAAGGUACGUCUUGAACUGCUGCUGCUCAGGGCAGCUCCAGCUGGGGCUCCCAAGCUUUGGGCUACCCAGGAGCUGCAGGAGCUUGCGUGGCAUUUGCCUGUUCUGUUCAGCAAUAGUGUACUGCAGUCAGCUUGUGCUUGCAUAUUCACACACAAACUAAAGGCUUUCAAGUCCCAGAGUGUCUGUCAUGGGCUAUGUAUGCUAUAGAGGUAAAAAUGCCUGUGAUGUUGGGACAGUUGUGUGUGGAUCUCAAGAGAGAAGUACCAGACUGAUAAUGUACAGCUAUGCUAGAGGAAAACUAAAUUGGCACAAUUUCUUGGCUUCUAGAUCUGUGUUAUCACUGACCAGUUAAGUAUUGCAUUAGCCUUGCUUCCAAAAUAAAAUGUUAAACAUGACACGGCCAUGCAAUAAUGCCCCUGAAGGUUGUGGUCUUCCAGGAAUAACUUAAGCCUAUGCCUGUCAGCAGUCUAUAGCACGUGAGUGAGGCUUACAGAAGACCACUAAGAACUUGGCUGAUGAAGUUCCCAAUGAGGAGUCUGACCUGGGAGUGUUUGAAACUGCAAAAGCAGAUGUAUUACCUGAUAAAUUUUCGGGUUGUUUCAGGAAAUCUGCUAUCUAAAAUGUGUCUCUCCAAGAAAAUUGUGAUGGGUUAUAGCUGCUGUGUCGCAUCAGGUGAACUGAUCGGAUUGUUGCUGUUUUGCAGUGGGCUGCCGUAGCAAUUUAGAGUUCCUUAACGUUUAACGAAAUAAAGAUUUAUAAAGAACUGAA